AACUUUUAUCAUUUUCAUUCGUUUUGGUCCCCUUUUUCAAUCCGUUGGGACAGUCAAGCCCACUUUUAAAGAACCGAAAAAGAGAGAGCUGUUUUGCCCCAUUCCAUUAAAUUCAAGAUCCUCCGACUUAGGGGUAUAUCUUCCUCGAUCCGAUCGUCGUUUCAUACGUCUCUCAAUCAAUCCUCCUCCAGCAGCUACACAUCAUCAAAUCUCACAAAAAUGGACAAGGUGUGUUGUUCCACACACCUCAUAGAAGGGGAUGGUACUUUCAACGUUAAUGGUAUUGAGAGUUUUAUGAAGGAGGUGAAAUUGGCUGAAUGCGGGCUUUCCUAUGCUGUAGUCUCCAUCAUGGGACCGCAAAGUAGUGGGAAGAGCACCCUACUAAAUCAUCUGUUUGGGACCAACUUUAGGGAGAUGGAUGCUUUUAAGGGAAGGUCUCAAACGACUAAAGGUAUCUGGACGGCUCACUGUGCUGGUAUUGAACCUUGCACUCUCGUAAUGGAUUUGGAGGGAACUGACGGAAGGGAACGUGGGGAGGAUGAUACUGCCUUCGAAAAGCAGAGUGCCCUUUUUGCCCUUGCUGUUUCAGAUAUAGUGCUUAUUAAUAUGUGGUGUCAUGACAUUGGCCGUGAGCAGGCUGCCAAUAAACCACUUCUGAAAACUGUAUUCCAGGUCAUGAUGCGGUUAUUUAGUCCACGCAAAACUACUUUAAUGUUUGUAAUACGUGAUAAAACAAGGACGCCACUGGAAAACUUAGAACCUGUUUUGAGGGAAGAUAUUCAGAAGAUAUGGGACUCUGUUCCAAAGCCACAAGCUCACCAGGAAACUCCCUUGAGUGAAUUUUUUAAUGUUGAAGUCGUAGCUCUUUCUAGUUAUGAAGAGAAAGAAGAGCAAUUUAAAGAGCAGGUGGCUAGUUUGAGACAGCGAUUUUUCCAUUCUAUAGCACCUGGUGGACUUGCUGGAGAUAGGCGGGGUGUAGUUCCUGCUUCAGGGUUCUCUUUUAGUGCGCAACAGAUCUGGAAAGUCAUUAAGGAUAACAGGGACCUUGAUCUUCCUGCCCACAAGGUUAUGGUGGCUACCGUACGUUGUGAGGAAAUUGCCAACGAAAAGCUUGCUGCUUUUGUUGCGAAUGAGGAGUGGUGUGAAUUUGAUGCGGCCAUACAAACUGGACCAGUAUCAGGAUUUGGGAAAAAGCUUACCUCAAUCCUUCACACCUGUCUGUCAGAGUAUGAUACAGAGGCUACAUAUUUUGACGAUGGUGUUAGAACAACAAAGCGUAAACAAUUGGAGGAGAAAUUGCUGCAACUUGUCCAACCGGCCUACCAAUCUAUGUUGGGACACAUACGGUCAGGAACUCUAGAUAAAUUCAAAGAAGCAUUUGAUAAAGCUUUAAAUGGAGGGGAAGGAUUUUCUGUGGCUGCUCAUAGUUGUACCAAGAUUUUCAUGACUCAAUUUGAUGAACAAUCUGCAGAUGUCGUUAUUCAACAAGCAAACUGGGACUCAUCGAAAGUGCGUGAGAAACUCCGGCGUGAUAUAGAUGCUCAUGUUGCUGCAGUUUGUGCUGCCAAGCUAUCUGAACUUACCAACCUAUAUGAGAAAAAAUUGAACGACGCAUUGUCAGGACCAGUGGAAGCUCUUUUAGAUGGAGCUGGCGAUGAUACAUGGCCGGCAAUAAGGAAGCUUCUCCGACGUGAGACUGAAUCAGCUGUCUCUGGGUUCUCUGUAGCACUUUCUUCUUUCGACAUGGAUGAACAAACAAUGGACAAGAUGCUUGCGAGUUUGGAGGCUUAUGCAAGAGGAGUGGUUGAGUCGAAGACGAAAGAAGAAGCUGCAAGAGUUCUGAUUCGUAUGAAGGAUAGGUUUGCAACGUUAUUUAGUCAGGAUUCUGAUUCAAUGCCGCGGGUUUGGACUGGGAAGGAAGACAUUCGAGCAAUCACCAAGAUGGCUCGCUCAUCUUCUUUGAAGUUGCUCUCUGUUUUGGCUGCAAUCCGUUUGGAUGACGAGGCUGAUAACAUUGAAAAGACCCUAGCUGUGGCGUUAGUGGAUAAUAGAAGUGGUGCUGUUACCAAUAAGGGCAUCACAUUAGAUGAUCCCCUGGCCUCAAGCACUUGGGAAGAGGUUUCACCAUCAAAGACAUUGAUCACACCUGUCCAGUGCAAAUCUUUAUGGAGGCAAUUCAAAUCAGAGACGGAGUACACUGUCACUCAAGCCAUUGCUGCUCAGGAAGCUAGCAAGCGCAAUAACAACUGGUUGCCACCUCCGUGGGCAAUUCUUGCCUUGGUGGUCUUGGGAUUCAAUGAAUUUAUGACACUUUUGAGAAAUCCUUUGUAUCUAGGUGUAAUUUUUGUUGCUUUUCUGCUUGUAAAAGCCCUAUGGGUCCAGCUUGACAUCUCUGGUGAAUUUCGAAAUGGCGCACUUCCUGGGCUUCUCUCACUGUCUACCAAGUUCCUCCCCACUGUCAUGAACCUUCUCAGAAAACUAGCAGAGGAGGGACAAAAGCCUCCAGCGCCUGAACCUCAGAGGAACCGUCCAGUUGCAGCAAACAGCUUUCAGAGUGGAUCAAACAAUAACGGCGAUGUAUCAUCUACUGCUUCAUCUGAGGUAACAUGGUCUGAAAUUGGGACUGAAUACACGAGUCCCUCGAGGCAGGAAAAAGUGAAGUAAGCUAAUCUGUCUGCUCACCGAUUGAUAUUCUUCGGUUUGCUGCUCUGCUGCUUUCUGCUUCCUCCAAUGCAGGAUGACGCUAAUCACGUAUGGUUGAUCCAUUUAGUUCUAAAUAGUGAGGAACGAGAUUUUGAAGGCAUUGGUUUUUGUGUUAGGUGCCGCAUACUGGGGCUGCCGUUUGUUGUAAUAGGCCCCUGCAUAGGUUUUCGUAGUUCCAGUUUUCAGGUGUCCUAUUUGGUUUUGUGGUUUAUGGGAUGAGUUGAAAGGUUGCUUUAUCCUCUUACCUGUCGUGGUUUUCUGCGUUGUCCGUGUUCUUUUGUAUUUAGCGUAUAAUUAUUUUGAAAUUAGUGGGCCAUUUGUAUUUUGCCGAGAUAACAUUAAUCAUCUUUUACUCGGCAUAAACCCCAAUGGUGAAUUCCUACCACCUGCACUUUGGUAUUGCUUUGUAGAAUGCAUCCUCAGGAGAGGGAAAUUAUAUUGUCUUUUAACUUUGGACAAUGUUGGUGGCCAUGAAAUUUGUAUGGAAUAAAGGCGGGCGCAGCAGCCUAUGCGUUUAGUCGACAAAAA